GAACUGACGCUCGGGGCUAACGAUAAUAACUCCUAUUACACGUUACUGGAGCUUGAUCAUAUUCUUAUGCAUUUGCUCUUUCCUUGGCGAACGAGGUACAACGUAGUACAAGCAGUUUCGCGCGAGGCAUGUCUCUUGAGGGCCACCGAUAAUGCAGCGCGGUCGUAAGGAAGACGCUCAUGAUACCAGUUACAUUACACGACUACUGUCUUGCUUGCGCAAAUCCGUUUCACCAGUUGUGAGUGCUUUCGACCGUGGCUGAAUGCUGAAGCCGCUCUGCAAGAGCAGCAGCACGAACGACUUGAAACUAUAUUUUGUGCAAGAUGCUAGGCGCUGCAGCGGCCUGCAGUGGCACUCGUUGGGCCAUUGCCGCUUCAGCUUCUCACUCUGACCGUUCGUAGCUAUGCAGCCGGCGGCCUUAAGCUAGAUGCUGUAUACAGUCUAUCAUGAGCAUGGCGCUGCAUUACUCCGAAAUUAGCACGCUAAGCCCUGGGAUAGCCCAUCGUGGCGGCGGGCAUGAGCAGCAGAGCAGUAGUGAGCUUCAAGGGAUGGCCGCCUCGCCAUCUGGGGCCUGCCGCAGCCACUGCUGUGAUACACGGCGUCAUGCAGCUAGUCGACAGGGCAGGUGGUUCCGGCUUCUGCUCGCCUCGCUUUCCCUUCUUGUCCUAACGGGCGUAGUACUGCUUCUGGUCAUGGGGGGCGCACGCUCACUGGCGUUUUUCCAAGGCCGGCUCGGCCUCCCUGUCAGGGGGCACAUGGCAAUAAUGCCCUCGUCGUGGACGGCAACAGCUGGCAGCCGUACGGCGCGCGUUGGGGACACCGCUGUUGCGCCGUGCCAACAGCAGGCCGAAAAGCGCGAUUCCCCCAGCGGCACCAGCCACGUCAGCGGAGGCGCUAGCAGCAGCAGCAGCAGUAGCACCCCGCCUGCCCAGCGGCAGCUGCUGGCGACGCAGCCGACACCGCUGUGGGGCAGCAGCAGCAGUGGCAGCCGUAGCAGCGGCGGCGGAGGCGCCGCGGGGUGGAAGCCCUUCCUCACCACUGUGCCAGAGCUGGUGGAGCAGGCUCCAGCAAACUCGGCUCGCAUACUGGCUGCUACAGCCGCCUUUGCUCAAAAGCUACAGCUGCUGGCGGCCGCAUCCCCUGGGGCUGCAUCAGCCGGCCUGUCGCUUGGGCCCCGAGCCCCCGCCCCGGCCGCUCUAACGCGGCUGCUGCGGCAAGUGACGGGUGGCACAGGGCCCGCCGCUGUUGGCGUGCAAGAUCAGCCGGAGAGCUCGGGCGCUGCUGGCACUUCUGCUGAUUGGGGCGCACAGCAGCUUCAGCACGAGCUCAAUGCGUUUGUGGGCGUUAUCCAGCGGGAGUUCAAGUCCAUUGAGGUUGGCACGAGGGCCACGGCGGUGGGCAUUUCCCAGUCCUUCCCGCUCGCGCGGCGUUCCGUGCUGGCGGCGCUGGCUGCCGCAGCGCUGCUGCUGGACGCACUCCCCGCCCAACAGCAGGCGGCCUUGGAGCGCGACACACGCGCCACUGCUGAUGCCAGCAACAGCAGUAGUGGCAGUGGCAGCUGGCAGCCGGGCGCCUGGAGCGCCGAGGUUGAUGCCAAGGUGCUACUGCUGCUGGGCCAGCUGUACUCGCUGCACCGCGACGGCGCCAUGCGCAAGCAGGGCGUGGAGCACCUGCACGUCAGCAAGAGCGGCGGCACCUCGUUCACGGUGCUCUCAGAGUACAAUGGCUGCGCCUGCACCAACCGCGGUGACAACGGGUUGCUGCCCGCGCCCUGGGAUGACCGGCCACGGUGGCUGGACGGAGCCGUGGCAAAGCGCGUGUUGGGUCUGGACAAGAACCCCAAACCUUCCGUAAUGGAUGGGUGGUCGGACACCGGCGCGCGCAAGCCUCACAGCUUUGGAAACGACCCUGGCCGUGCAGGCUACUGCCGCGCCCGCCUCGCGACCAUGUCUGGCCGCUUCCUCCAAUUCGCCGCCAACGAGUACACGCUGUAUGGCGGCCAGGACAGCCCACGUGACACCUUCAUGUGCCCGGAGCUGCUCAACACCAUUGUCGUCAGGGAGCCGCGCGCCCGCAUGGUGUCACACAUGCACUACAUGCUGCCGCAUUUUGUGAACCUAAUGGCGGACGGCUCGGACGCCGCGUUCCGGCCGGGCGGCGCCGUGAGCCGUGCGGCAGACUGGGACCGGAUCGCGCCCUUCCCCUUUGACAACUACCUGACCCGGUCCUUGCUUGGUGAGGCCGUGUUUCGGUUACCGGUCGGCGCGCUGCCGCGUGCCGCGCGCUUCUGGGCCGCCGCUGAUUUGCCCGCCGUAAACACCUCCAUCACCGCUGCAACCAUGAACGGCCUCACGGGAGACGAAGUGGCCACAGCCAAGCUGGCCAGUGCGGCCCGGUUGAUGCUGCAGCAGUUUGAUGUGGUGAUGGCGCUGGAGGAGGGGGAGGCGAACCGGCCACACAUUGAGCGCGGCCUGGGCUGGCCCUACCCUCUGGACCGUGUGCGCAAGCGCGUGAGCGCCGAGAGCCUUGAGACACAGGUGCAGGUUCAGCUGGGAGAGCUGCUGCCUGCUGACCUGGCCGUGCUGGAGGCACGACACACGCCGCUGGAUGACGUCGCAUACCGCUACGCGCAGCUGUUCUCCAAGCUGGACCUGGUGGUGUGGGACACGGCCGCGCGCAUGGAGGCACAGGCGUGCCCGGGCAACACGGGCUCCGCGCGCGGCUCCGCACUAGUGGCCCGGGCCGCCGAGCAGCAGGCCAUCACCGCGCACGUCACGGGCACCCAGCAGGCCACCGCCGACAGCGGCACCCAGCAGCGCUACCAGUCGGCUGUGAUGGAGGCGCGCGGCGCGGCGCUGCACGCGCACCGCCGCAGUCGCGGCGCGCACCACCGCAAGCUGCUGCUGUCGGGAGCAGCUGCAAAGGAGUUGGUGCGCUACGCGCAGCGGGCGGCGGCGGAGGCGCUGCGGACCACCAUGGGGCCGCAGCUGGCGUCGCAGCUGACGGCGCGGCACUCGUGGAACGUGACCAGCGUCAUGGAGCAGCAGCUGCUGCAGCGGCAGCAGGGGGUGGUUGCAGUUGGCGGUGAGAAGGCAAGAGAUGGUCCGGGGCAGCAGCAGCAGCAGCCGGCAGGCGGCCGCGUGUGCGCGGAGAUGGAGGCGGCGGCGUGGGGCUCCGUCACAGGCACCUGUGGCUGGGUGGGCAUUAGCAGGUGGGCGGCGACGCUGCAGGCGCAGGGGCAGCUCAAGUAAAUAGGGACAGCGCCGCCGCUGCCGCGGCCCAGAGCCGUUGCACGUACGGCAGCACGCACGUGCGGUGCGGCUGGCUGCGUGCAAAACAUGUCGUGUGGGCUAGGUUGAGUGAGGGCUGGCUGCGGCGUGCGGGCAAGGCAAAGAACGAAAGACAUCGGAGUUCGUGCGUAACAAGGAACAUGCAACUGUACUGGAAAGGAAUGGAAAUUAUCGUAACGAUGACGCCUCAAUACACAAUUACAUAUAUACAAGCAUGUAUGCGUCUUAUUCAUGUUUUCAAAGCUGGGUGCAGACUGAUGCAUUAUGAUGGCGUCCUGGACGGUGGGGUUAACGGAACACCCAUUCCUUGAUAUGCUUCGGUUGUACAUGCACGGUGAGCUUUGUUUUAUACGGCUGGGUGUUCAUACCUGCGUUCAUAAGGGGCGUUUGGCUGUGGUAGGUAGUUAGGCGCAAGCAUCCUGUGCAAAGUAAGUGGAAGGCGGUCUGCCGGUACCCACGUACCAGGGUACGUGGCACGCAUGGUGCGCUUGAGUUCCCCAGGUACCCAGGUACUGUAGCACGCAGGCUGGCUUG